UUAUGGCAGACGUUAAACCAAAUCAUACUCUUUACAUCAACAAUUUGAACGAGAAAAUUAAAAAAGAAGAGCUUAAAAAGGCGUUGUAUGCAAUUUUUUCACAAUUUGGACAAAUUAUUGACAUCUUGGCUUUUGCCCAUUUAAAAAUGAGAGGACAGGCACACGUUAUUUUUAAGGAAAUUAAUUCUGCCGCAACAGCGCUUCGUUCAAUGCAAGGAUUUCCUUUUUAUGACAAACCUAUGCGAAUCCAAUUUUCGCAUAUUGAUUCUGAUGUUAUUGCUAAAGCUAAAGGGACUUAUGUUGAAAGUAAUUUGGUUAGAUUACGUUAUGGUUUAUACGGACUUUUUCCAAAAUUGGUUCAUUUAGGGAUGUAAGGAUAUUUUAUCUAAAGGAGGAGAAUUCGUUCAGAACGCUUAGGUUGGGGUUAAGUGAAUUCCUUCCGAAAAAAAAACAUGUUUACGGGCCUGGUCAGCGUUUAAUUAUGAUCUAUAAAUGAUCUAUAAAGCGAAGGGGAAAGCUAUCGCUGGUAGCUCAGUGGUGAACACCGCACUGUCAGCGGCAGGUCCGUAGACUGGGGGUUAGGCCCCCCUUGGACCCCCUCCUGGAAAAAAUCUGGUUGCGGGCCUGGUCAGCGUUGUCUCAGAAAUAUUCGAAAAUUGGCCGUAUUUUGAUUGUCGAUAAAGAUAUCAAAUUUACCGCUAAGCCUUGCUUAAGCCUUAUUAACCUCUAUCCCUUUUCUAUUUUUCACAUUUU